UGGGAAGAAAAGGUCAGACGGCGGAGAAAGAGGGCGGGCCCGAGCCCUUAGUUAGGGGCGGAGUUUUUGAUGUUGCGAGUGACUAAGGUCGUGGUGGACGCCCCGCCUGCGCAGGAGGUGGAGCUGAGGGAAAGCGCAGGCGGGGUUGUGGCUCGCGGUGCGAGCAAAGGACAAAGACAGAGAGGGAGGGAGCAGAGUCUGGCACCUGCCAGCGCUGGUCGGUGUCUGUUAGGGAGGCGGGAGGUGUGGCCGAGAGAAAGGGGGCGGAGUCUCAGGUUCGGGAGCAGCCGGAGCUGAAGCCAUGGCAGAGGCAGCCGCCGAGAAAGCUUCCUACCGAUUCCUUGUGCUGUUCUUCAACUGCCUCUUGACCUUUGGCUCUUACUUCUGCUUUGAUAUCCCCAGUGUUUUGCAAGAGCAGUUUCAAGGAAACCUGACCUGUCCAAAUGGCACACACCGCAAUGACACCAGACACAAUGGAACAGUUGAUUGUGUGGAAGGCCUGGGGAUGACACCUGAAGAAUACAAUCUUUUGUAUGCCAUCUAUGCCUGGACUAAUGCACUGGUGGUGAUCAUGGCUGGCUUCUUAAUUGAUAAACUGGGAAACCGCUUUGGUGUCUUCGUCUUCUCUUUCCUCACUGUCCUGGGAUCGUCCAUGUUUGCUCUGGGCUCUCACUUCAAAGGAACCCCCUACCUCUUGCCGCUGAUGCUGACGGGCAGGCUGCUUUUUGGCUCUGGAAAUGGGUCACUAACAAUUGUGCAGAAUCGCAUCACAGCCUUCUGGUUCAAGGGCAAGGAGCUGGCUCUGGCAUUUGGCCUAACGCUCUCCUUUUCCCGGCUGGGAAGCGUCCUCAACUUCUUCUUCACCCAGCAGUUUGAAAGCCACUUUGGGAUCCAGUGGACUCUCUGGGGAGGGACUUUGCUAUGCGUGUUGGGCUUUUUGUCGGCUGUCGUAGUCAGCGUGCUUGACAAAGUGGGCAUGAAGCAGCUUGGCUUGGAUGGAGUCAUCCAGCAAGAGUCCAAGAAAGUGCGCAUUCAGGAUAUCCGACACCUACCACUUCGCUAUUGGCUUCUUGUCCUCACCAUCAUGUUCUUCUACAAUGGGGUCUUUCCUUUCGUGGCAGACGCCAGCAAGUUUAUCCAAGACAAGUAUCCUGGCUACAGCCAGCAGGCGGCUGCUUAUAUUGCUGGGGCAGUUUAUGACAGCUCCCUUGUUCUCUCGGCAGCAGUUGGCAUUCUGAUUGACUACGUUGGACUGAGAGGCGUAUUUGCAGUUGGCUGUGCAGUGCUGACUCUGCCUGUCUUUGCUCUCUUGGCCUUCACAUUUGUUCCUCCGCUUGUCUCUACCAUCUGGCUGGGUGUCACCUACUCCUUUGCCACAGCAAGCAUGUGGCCCUCUAUCCCCCUUGUGGUCCCCCAGGCGACCUUGGGAACAGCCAUGGGGUUCGCAACAUCUGUACAGAUGAUUGGAAUUGGCCUCUCUAAUGUGAUUGUGGGACGGAUUCUGGGAACAAAGUCCAGUGAAUUAAAGAUACCAUUAUGGCGCUGGCAACAGAUGAUGGUCUUCAUGCUGGCCAACACCAUUGCUUGCAUUAUUGCCUCCAUCAGCCUCAACAUAGCAGACAAGAAGCAGGGUGGAACACUGAACCGCUCAACAAAGCACUCAUCGGCAGAGGAGGUAGUCAGGCAGCCGGUGGACACAGCCCCACUCCUCAGUGAGGUGGAAGAUGAAGGAUCCAUCAACUAGGAAGCCCUCCAGGGACUACUGUGGCAGAAGAACACAGAAUGCCAUUGAAUUUCUCCCCAAACAAACCAAGUCCUGCUCCUCCCCCUCCCCUUUCUAAUGUUUCAUUACAGAAUCUAAAUAUAAGCCCAAUUUACAGGUAUAGCCAUCUUCUAGGGCGGCACUUGUAUGCAAGUAAAUUGGGCUUAUGUUAGGAACAAAAGGGAAAUCUGACAACAGGGCAGGUUCUAGAAAUCUGUGAUGUGCUAAGAAAGCCUGAAAUAUCGACUCUUGGGCAAUGCAGCUCUGUUUAAGUGUUUUUAGCCUUUGUGUCAUAAAAUAAUGCCUUAACAGGAGGGCACUUACUUCCAGCUCCUGACUCUCUAGUACAGGCAGAAAUUAUCUGUAUAUGGAAGUUUGCAAAUCACAGAGAGAAGACAGACUAAGCAGCCCUAAUGGAAAAGUCAUAUCCUACAGCAAUCAUGAGGACUUGAGUGAGUAAACUUGCAUAAUUGUAUCUUUAUCAUAAAAGACCCACAUCAAUCUUUGGCCAUUGAAAACAUGCCUUCUAAGAAUCUUUGCUGCAGGCUUUGAGGGCUGUCCUGCCAUUAUAUUCACAGGCCAUGUUGACAUCCCCUUCAAAUAUAGCACAAUUCCUUAACCAAUUUGAGCCUUGCAAAGCUAUGAGAUGAAUGAGAGAAACUGGGGUAUCAGGCUGGUUCUAUUAACAUACAUAUCUGGAUCUAAUCAGUUUUCUAUGAGCCUGUAUAUGUACGUCAACCCUUGAUGUUGGCUGAAACAAGUAGGAGCUGCAACAAAAUGUUGCAGUGUGGACUGAUCCAGGUCAGGAUUAUAAGAACACAAGAGCAGCCUUGCUGAAUGAGGGCAAAGGCCCAUCUAGUCCAGUAUUCUGCUCUCACAUUGGCCUGCCAGAUUUCUAUGGGAACCUCAAGCAGGACGUGAGUGCAGGAGUGUUACCAUCAACUAGUAUUCAGACUCAUACUGCUUCUGACAGUGGAGAGCAUAGCCAUCAUGGCUAGUAGCUACUGACAGACAAAUUCAUGGAGGAUCAGGCUGUUUCCAAGGUGAGGUCCAUCACCAUAUCUUGCGGUAGUAAAUUCUAUAGUUUAAACUAUGUACUUUGUAGGGUUAUAACCUUUUCCAGAGUCCUCUAUUCCACCCCCACGUGUUCUGCAUUCUGUGGCCACUGGAUAGGCUAUUUGGGUUCUCCUCCCCACCCUGCCCCAAAUUAGCAUUUCUCCAAGCCUGCCAAUAUCCUCCCUUUGUGUAUGGGUGGUGCUUGGCCUGGAGUAAGGAUUAGCACUUGUUACUGCUCGGAUAUACCUGCACGUGCAGCAGCAUUCAAAGGUGAGGCUCUUUACAUUAAACUAUACUUUACAGCUCUGGCUGCCUUAGAAGCAAUAUAAGUCAACCACUAUUAGGGAGAUCUUUGGACAAACCUAAGUGCAAAUUAAUUCAACUAUGGAGAACAGUUUUUCUCCAAAUGAGAUUGUGGGUUAGUUCCCUGGAGAUGUAUAGACACAGUGCCUUCCUUCAAGGUAUUAGAUCUUGUCAAAACUUGUUCCUGGUUAAGUCCAAGAGCCUGGGUGCAGAGACAGUACCACAACAUGUAUGGGAAAAGCAAUUUCUUGGCAUUCAUCCCAGGCUUUUACAUGGAUGCUGGCUGAGAGCAUGACCUAUUUUGAAGAUGUUUAUAAUACCUGUGAAAAUAACACCAGGAGUGAUAGAAUCUGCCUAGUCUGGAUAAAGGGGGUAGGGGACCUGUGGCCCUCUAGGUUAUGCUGGAGUACAACUACCGUCAUAUUUGACCAUUAGUCAUGUUGAUGGAGGCUGGUGGGAGUUUAACAACAUUUAGAAUGCCUCAGGUUAGCCAUCUAUGCUGUACAGUAAAGGUUGCUCAGACAGUUGCGUUUGAUGAAUAUUCUUAGUUCAAUAAGCUUU